UUACAAAUAAGACCGAGGCACCUGACGUGCGAUAUCAUUAUGUUUAGUAAUUGCAUAGCGUUUCUAUUUACAUUGUGUCAAAGCUUGUCGGUAUUUCGCUAUAUUUUAACGUAUGGUGUUUAACGAAAACAUCGCCAGCUUAAUUUCUGAAGGACUGCGUAGUUUUUUUGUUCUCUUUUAACAGCGUUAAGACGCCCACGACAGAGUGUACGGCACAGGGACGGCGGGGAUGAACUUCCUGCGGAACCGGUUGGCGGUUCUGGGCCUGGUGCUGCUGGCCACCCUGCUCCUGUACCUGCUGCUGCCGGCCAUCCGCCAGGGCAGCAUGGAGCCCUCCCUGGACGUGCAGAAGAUGGGCCUCCCCGGCGCCACCCCGGCGCCCGCAGCGCCCAACAUCACGGUCCGUUCGGAGCGCCUGCCCGGCGACCCGCCGCUGCACUUCAGGGUGGCGCUGCCUGCCGAUGCGGGAGGGACGCGGCCGCAGGGCAGACUGCAGGUUGUUCUGCUGCACGGUCAGUCAUUCACCUCCAAGAACUGGUUGGACCUGGGUACCCUGACGCUCCUGGCGACAAACGGCUACCAGGCUGUGGCUCUGGACCUGCCAGGCUUUGGUAGCUCUCCGGACUCCGAUGCCAUAAAGACGGAUCAGAACCGGGCGGACCUGCUGCUUCGCUUCCUGGACUCCUUGGGCCUGAAGGCCCCCGUUGUGGUCAGUCCCUCCAUGAGCGGCCGAUACUCGCUCCCCUUCCUGAUGCUGCACAGCUCACGGAUCAAGGGCUUCGUCCCCAUUGCACCUGUGGACACCAAGAGUCACACUGCAGAGCAGUAUCAGAGCAUCCAGACCCCGACUCUGAUAGUGUAUGGAGAGCAGGACAACGGCCUGGGAGCCCAGUCCUUGAAGAGCCUGAGGCAGCUGCCCCAUCACUCCGUGGUGCAGCUGGCCGGGGCACGACACGCCUGCUACCUGGACCGGCCCAAGGAGUUCCACCAGGCGCUGCUGGACUUCCUGAGCAAGCUGGAGUGAGGGAGGGGUCUUGGACGAGCGGGCCUGACUGAGUGGAUGGAAGGGGGGAGGGGGGGGUGGUGCUCUUUCUCUCCAGGUCACUAGAGGCUGCAGGAGCAGCACUGGCACACAAAGAUAGAAGUGGGAAUCGAGGGAUGUGAGGAUGUACCCCGUUUUAGGAGCGAGACAAUCGGAGAUCCACACCUAGAUGCUCGUGUAAAACGCCCUCUGUGUUGUGUGGGGUUGGGAGUGGGUCGCAGCAGGUCAUUUGGGAAAGCAGAAAUCUUAAUAAAACAACUCAGGGGCAGUUCUGCUCAUUCACUCAGAUGUAACAACAGCAUGAUGGGCUUCAUUUUAUAGCAUCGCCACUCUCCACUGUCUUAACACAACAUGAUUUCCUGCAUUUUCUGCUACGUUUGUGUAGGCAUUAUCUGAGUUUUAUAGUUGUUUUGUUAUUAAUUUCAAAGGUUGCUGUAAUUUUUUUUUUUCGGUAUUGAAAAAUACUUUUAGUAAAACAAACUUUGGAAGCUUUGAAUUCAAAUUAAAACAAGCUUUCUUGGACUUAAAAAUAAGCAAAUAACCAAACAAGCCCUCCCUCAUGAUGCUUGUAAAUUGUUUUUUUUUUCUGUGUGCAACUAAAGUACCACUUGUCACUGUAACCACUACCUAAUUUAUUUUCCCUAAAGGGCCAGGCUUUGUUUUGGCAUUUAAUAGGUGAGGCAGUGCUGUAUUUUAAUUCAGUGUUAAACAACUGUCCAGCAAUAAUCACUCUGCCCGUGUUUCAGCUGCUGUAGCCUGUACAGUAGAGCAGAAGAUUUAUUUCAUGCUGAAGUUAUGCUGUAUUUUUGUUUAAAUAUCUCUUUUGAGUCCGUUGUACUUAAUGCUGCAGUUAUAAGCUUGCAUUUCAUCUUUUUGUGUGUGUAGCAUUGAUACAGUGUUAUUUAAAGAAUAAACGCCAUUAAAUUAAACACUGUCGAAUUUCUAUUUAAAAAAUGCAAGACUGCUUAAGUAAACGAGAAAAUAAAUUCCCUGUGGAACAGAGGGAAAAUGGAGUUUAACUGAGCUGAAAGGCAGACUUUGCUAAUAAGCAAUGACAUGUUUGAUACUUUUAGUGCUCAUUUGUUAAAUGAUUGCUGGGCUGUAUAUAUAACUGCUAUAAAGAAAUUGAUUAUUAA